AAGGCCGUCCACCAGGACAUCUGAUUUCAUUUGACCGUACGACCUCCAGUGCUGCAGUCUCAAAGGUGAAAUACACUGAGCCAAUCAAACGGGAGGGACCUAAGUGGGACCCGUCCAGGCUGACUGCCUCAACCACUUUUGUGCUUGGAUCACGUGCUAACAAAGCCUUGGGAAUGGGUGGUACCCGUGGAAGAAUCUAUAUCAAACAUCCUGAACUAUUCAAGUACUCUGCCGACUCCCAAGACAAACACUGGCUCGGGGAGAAGCAUCACAUGCCAGCCACAGGGGGUAAGAUGGCUUAUCUGCUGAUAGAAGAUGACAUUCGAGAGCUUGCAGCGAGUGACGACUACAGGGACUCCCCUGAACUGAGGUUGGAUGAACUUCGACCUUUUGUCGUUCCCUACUGGAUCCUGGAGAAGAUGCAGAAGUAUAUGCUGGCUGUACGAACAGAGAAGGAGUAGGAAGCCGGGACGAGCUGGGAACGGAGGGGGCACUAGGCGAGAAGCUUCUGUCUGUCCAGUGGUCUGAUGAGCCUUCUUGAAGAUUGGCUGCGGUUUCUAUGACUGGUGUUUCCAAAAAUGAUACUUGGUCUGAGAGUGUUUUACUUGGCUCAAGAUCUGCAAGCAGUCAUGAAGCACUGAAGAGGCCAGAGUUGAUUUUUGUCAUGCUGUGUGAAAUAAUUAAUGCCAAUCUUGUUAAAAGGUGCCUCUAUUCCUUUCACAUGUUAAAACCUCUGACAGUCAUUGAGAUGUCCUUUUAAGCUUUGCAGGCAUCUGGGCCAUGGAGGGAACUGUCCCCCACAAUAAGAUGCCUGAUCUUGGUGAAGUGAGCUAUUGUUCACGUUCUGUGCUGCCCCGACUUCAGGAUGGAAUGCGAUUGUGUCCUGGGCUCAAGGACUUAAAGCUAACAUCUGUUUGACACAGCACACUGAAGCCAUUGAUGUGGGCCAGACUACUGAAUUGUCCAGGGAGACACACUGACCUUGGCAAUCCAUACACAGGCCCAGAUUGCUGUAUGUGGAACACAGACAAUACUUCAGCCUAACAAUGAGUAUCUUGCCUGUGUGUUUGUGCAGUGAGCACAGUUAAAUGCAUGCUUCAGUCAGCAGUAUUGAGACCUCUGCUACUACUUGUGCUGAGUGUUUGGUUAACAGAAUCCUUUCUCCAGAUCAAUGUGUUUAAACUUAUUAAUGUUCUCCCAUUCUGCAGGGGUGGGGGGAGGUGAGGAGAGAUUUACUGAUAAGAUAAUUUGCAGCAGAAUGCUGAACAAUUAUUCAGAACAACUUUACAGUUGUGUUACAAGUGUGAGAAGCCCCCCUCUGUCCUGCCAUGUCUCUUCCAUUCCUUGCCUUCUCUCCGGCACACUGACUCCCCUCGGCUUCAUUCUCUGUCUGCUGUCACCUCCUUGCCCGUGCUCUCCCCUCGUUCCUCCCCGUCCGCCUGUGCUCUCCCCUCGCUCUCUUGAACCCACUCUCAUAAAGUUACUAUGUAUUACCACUGGUACAGCUGGAUAACAUAUCCUACAAUGUAUAUGGAUGUUAUUCAUUGUUAGCUAAUGUGUUGAUAUCAUAUGGGUAUCUGUCAUUAGUUUAUUGGGUGUGAGGAAGAAGAAUUGAGUCAGCCCUAGAGCAAAAGGACUGUAUCUAAUUCCAUGAUGAAUAAUGACUCAUCAGAGUAGUUGUUUAAUUAUAUGAUGUGUAAUUAAAACAUUAAUUCUAGACCUGCCAACCCCAGGAACGCCAAACUCUGACUUUAACAAACCAAAGUCGUCCGUCAGUCACAUUUGCUUUUUGUUGCUAAAUGAUUAACCUGUGAGAAAAGCUGUUAACUUAUCAGGGUUUAUAUUAUUUGUCAGUGUUAUUGGAGAUACCAGUAUAUCUGUCUCAGUGCUGCAGUUAAAUGCAACAUCUGCCAGCAUGGGAGUAGCACUAGGUCAUUAUAGCUUUUUGAUUUCUAAAUUGUGCAAGGUUAGAUAUGCUGCCAGAUUUUAGUGUUAAAUAUUCCCAUGUGGUUGUGAAACAGAAAUGUGGGAAAUUAAAUACAAGGUUCUGCCAUGCCUUUGAAUUAAAGUUUCCAAUGUUGCAGAAUUAGAUCUUUAUUGCACACUUGUCAACAAUUAAAUAUUUUGUUCAAAAAUU